AUGAAGGACAUCGCAAUGAGCAUUCAAAAGACCAGAUUCGACCCUGGAGCAUCUCUAGACAACUCAACAACGACAUGUGAAGUCUGUCGUGGCAUAUGGUCAUGCUUCCUGGACCCGACAGCUGACCGCGAAGUCAUGCUCGGUUUUGCUGGUGACCCCAUCCUUCCCGGCUGCCCCGGACAUUCGCCUUUGUUUAAUUACUGCAGUAAAGGAUCGAAGACCACUUCAACAGAGCGAAGUGAUACAAGCGACUCAAGUGAGGACGAAGAUGCAAAUACUAUGGGACACUCGAGGCACACGGGAGAUGGAGGGUGGACAGAAAUUGUGACAGCAUCGCAGAUUCAAAGUUUCAAGUCUCUCCGGGCCGUGAGGCGUCCAGCACGCAAAAGAGUCGAAAUUCUGAAGCUUAAAACUGGGAAGUAUUCAUCUGCGUACCAUCUCGCAUUGCUGAAGAGAGACUCUAUUCCAGAUCACCCUGGGACCGGAGUCGCACUGGAUCCCAAAUGGAUUGAUCUUCGGCUCGCAAGAGGGUGGAAGAAAAGAUGCUUGGAGCAGCAUGGAACCAAGUGCGACAAUCCAUUCAAAGUCUCGUCCGUGAAGCCAUUUUGGGUCGUGGACGUUGAGAGCGAAUGCAUAGUCCCCGGCCGAGACUGUGACGCCUUUGUCGCCUUGAGUUACAGAUGGGGCAAUCAUUCAUGGCCGAAGGUUACCAAGGAGAUUCUCGCCACGCUACGAAAGCCUGCAUCACUCGUUACGGCGCAUGUGGCGCCGAUUGUCCGGCAUGCGAUGAGUGUCACUUCGUUAAUUGGGGAGCGGUAUCUUUGGGUGGACGCAUUAUGCAUCGUCCAGGACGACAGCGCGGAUACAGUACACCAACUCAAUCUCAUGGGCGCCUUCUACGCAAGCGCAUUGAUUACCAUCGUGGCCGCCGAGGGAGAUUCCGUGGAAGGGAUACUAGGCCUCAAAGGGGUCUCAAGUCCUCUCAGAGCGAGACAGACGCUAAUUCCGUUCGGUGAAGAAAAGCUCGUGUUCCCAAAAACUUCCAUCAACCUCGGGCGCUACCAAUCAAGAGGCUGGACUUACCAAGAAUACAUCAUGUCUCAAAGGCGGCUUAUCUUCGCAGAUGGGAAGAUUCAUUGGGACUGUCAGUGCUGUAAUUGGCAUGAGGAAGUGGUUUGCAGCUCUGAAGUCUACCCAAACGCCCCUCAUAAGGAUCCUAUGUAUCGACCUAAUAGAAUACUCCGAGGCCUGCCGGACAUCGAAUGCUUCAUGACACUUAUGUCUGAUUACAACUUGCGCAGUUUCAGUUACGACGAGGAUGUGAUUCCCGGUAUUUCGGGGAUCCUUGCACUUUUCAGUCGCUCUUUCCAAGGCGGGUUUCUUUGUGGGCUACCAGAAAUGUUCUUCGACAAAGCUUUGGGGUGGUGUGGCGGUCGUGACUCGCGGCGACGGAAGCCAUCAGAGCGACCGGAGAAAGACCGGCUUAUGAACUCUCCAAGGAUAUUGCCCUCCUGGUCGUGGGUAGGGUGGGAGGGCAGAGUCACUGAUGGUAUAAUGAGACCGGAAGAAGCUAUCCGAAUCAGCAAUCUUUCUCCAGAUAACCCAGCCGAGGAGACAAUUCCAGUUACAGACUGGUUUACUUCAGACUCUGCAAAAGGUACUCAUCUUAGAAAGAUACAAUCAACCUGGUUUGAGAACCGCGACGACGGGUACAAGGAUUUUAUGAAGCCAUUACCUGAGGGCUGGACUCGUCGAAAGGCAAAAGACGUUAUGACUAGACGCGAAGAUGAAUCUUGGUGUCCGCCCGGGUGCAACGAAUAUGCGUUUGAGCACCGACUUUUCCCCGGCAACUACUAUUAUUAUCCGUUUACCAUUACCGAAGGCAAAGAGUCGACGCCACAAUUUAUGCCCGAACAGACGCCAUAUCUGUUUUGUAAAACACAAAUGGCUCGUCUAUGGGCCGUCUGCAGCGUCGAUCUUUGGGAAGAAGUUGCAAAGAGAUCACCGCUCUAUGGUCUGGGCUUGCCAAAUGAUAUAGAAUUACAAGUCUUGGAAAUCCGCACAGAGUGUAGUGGCCCGGCAGUAGGAGAGCUCUAUCUCCACUCCGUGGACCAGCUGACACCAUUUCUCAUUGCCUCGAACGAAUAUAUCAAGGCCGGCCCUGGACAAUCUGUCGAACUGGUCGCGAUCUAUCGUUCGAUCGUACAUGAACAGUACAGUAUUGAGUCAGCCGUCACUUCAGAGAGAUACCGUGUCCUUUGGGUGGAGUGGGAGAAUGGGAUUGCGUACCGAUUGGGAGUUGGAUGGGUUGAGAGGGCAGCGUGGGAACGUCUCAAUCGGACUGAAAUAGACCUGGUUCUUGGCUAA